GGAGAAGGUCAAAUGAUUGCGCGUGCCUGCCUCCGUGUACAUUCCCGCGAUGCUGAGACGCUCGUAGCACCUGAAUCGCGUGUCCGGCAGUGCUCGCGACCGUCUGAGAAGCGGCUCCCAUCGCCUCGCGUCCCUCCUCAAAGUUUGAAAAGUCCACAUCAAACACCAACCUCCCAAAGCCUCGGAGCAGGAAAAAGAAGACGGUGCCAAGAUGUUCAGCACCAAAAGGCUGAAGAAGAAGUCCCAGUCGGUGGAUAUCGCCAGUGCGGGUUUCUCCCCGACUCUGGCGCCGGCCUCGCCCCUCAACAAGGCUGCACCGGGGGUUGCCAAGACAACGGCCGUCCUGGCUGUGCAGGAAAACAACACAACCAACUCCCAGCGCCGCAGCCCCCGGUGUGGCGAGCUGAAGAGAGGCUACACCAUAGAUACCGGCCAGAAGAAGACUCCGGAGAAGAAGGAUGGGAGGCGCAUGUCGUUCCAGCGACCCAAAGGGACCGUUGAGUAUUCUGUGGAAUCGAGGGACACGUUGAACAGCAUUGCACUCAAGUUUGACACCACACCCAACGAACUGGUUCAGCUGAACAAGCUGUUCUCCAGAGCAGUGGUGCCUGGCCAGGUUCUGUACGUCCCUGAUCCAGAGUGCGUCUCCAGUGUCGGAAGCUCCCCCUCCCUCAGUCCCAUCAGCCCCCUGUCUCCCACCUCCUCAGAAGCUGAUUUGGAGAAGGUGACGGACUCUGAUGGCCCCUCCAGACCAGAAGGUGUUCAUCCCCCGGUGUUCUCCGCCCUGCGCCAGUCCAGGGCGGUGUCAUCCGCCUCCCAGGAGGAAGAGGCCCUCACAGAGAAGUUCCUCAAGAUCAACUGCAAGUACAUCACCGGCGGCAUGGGCGCGGUGAGCGGGGUGCUGCUGGUGACCCCCAACAACAUCAUGUUCGACCCGCACCGGAUGGACCCACUGGUUCAGGAGCACGGGUGCGAGGAGUACGGCAUCAUGUGCCCCCUGGAGGAGGUGCAGUCUGCUGCCAUCUGCAAGGAGAUCACCGACCCCAAGAUCAGAGAGGCUGUGCCCGAUGACCUGGAGCCUCUUCCCACUGAGAGACAUCCCUCCCAGAAGGAUCCAGAGCAGCGGCUCAGGGAGCCGGGCGCCAACGACAGCCCGGCCCCGCGCAGCGCAGAGGGCUCCAUCUCCGAAGACGUCUUCAUCGAGACCGAGCUGUCCCCCAUCCGCGAGGAGGAGCAAGCGUCUACCGAGGACCUCCGCCUGGACAAGUCCUCGGGCGCGUCCACGGAGUCCGUGAAAACCGUCACCCAGGUGGAGGCCGGCGGUGUGGCGUCCCGGGCCCCAGGUGGUGCCCCCGUCGCAGUCAGUAUGCCGCAGGAGGGCGCCGCGGCAAAAGCAGAGGACAAUCCAGCAGACACUGCCACAGAGAGCGCUAGUCCGUCCCCCAUGGGGUCUAAGCAGCACAGUGAAGAGAAGCCACCAAGCACACCGACCAGCAGCACUAGCCAGGCCCAGGGCGCCAGCAGCAGCAGCAGCCCCACCUCUCGCCAGGGGUCCCAAAGCUCAGCCACCCCUGGGCCUGCCGACACCACCUCUGUCUCAGCGAGUCCACAGGGGGAUACCAACAAGGGGACAGACGUCUCCAAAACGGACACUAUGCAACAGGACAAGGAGGAAAAAGAGAACGUAGAGCAGACGGCAAAGGACGACUCGCAGAACUCUGCAGGGGGUACAGGUUCUGUGGAGCGGCGGAAGCAUCCCUCUCACAAGUUCCUGUGUCUGCGGGUGGGGAAGCCCAUGAAGAAGACGUUUAUUUCCAACGCCAGCGCCUCAAUGCAGCAGUAUGCCCAGCAGGGCAAGAAGCACGAGUACUGGUUUUCUGUUCCGCAAGAGAGGUCCGACCACCUGUACGUGUUCUUCAUGCAGUGGAGCCCAGACAUGUACGGUGAGGGGGUCAGGGGGAUGGGACAAGAGCCGGGGUUCAUGGUUGUCAAGAAGAAUGAUGUGUCAGAAACCGCUGAGGACGAGCCCAUCACUGACCUCAAUGUCAAGGAGUGGGAGGUAGUGUCUCAGACGGAGUACCACCGUCGGAUUGAUGCACUAAAGAGUGAAGAUCUACGCUCGCUCUGCAAACGACUCCAGAUCACCACCAAGGAAGAGGUGAACUCCAAGCAGGGCGCAGCCAUCAAGACGGAGCCGGAGCCAGACACGUUCAAACCCAACCUCAGAGAAUCCAGUGAUCUCCUCGAGGCCGACCACAUAGAAAAGCUUGCUAGGAAUCUCCCACCUCGGACCAUUGGGUACCCAUGGACGCUGGCCUUCGGCACAUCAAAGCAUGGCAUGAGCAUCAAGAGUCUGUACAGGGCCAUGCAGGGCCAGGACACCCCCGUGCUCAUGGUCAUUAAGGACAGCGACGGCCAGGUGUUUGGUGCGCUGGCGUCGGAGCCCUUUAAAAUCAGCGAUGGCUUUUAUGGCACAGGAGAGACCUUCCUCUUCUCCUUCAACCCAGAGUUCCAGGUGUACAAAUGGACGGGGGACAACAUGUUCUUCAUGAAAGGAGACAUGGACUCCUUAGCUUUUGGUGGAGGCAGUGGGGAGUUUGGCCUGUGGCUGGACGGAGAUCUCUACCACGGCAGGAGUCACUCCUGUAAAACAUUUGGGAACCCCAUGCUCUCAAAAAAGGAGGAUUUCUAUGUUCAGGACAUAGAGAUCUGGGCUUUUGAAUAACUGAACAGUGCACCGUAGAAAAAACAACAAGUCCUGCUAUGGGCAAACUGAGGGGUCCUCCUCCUUUAGAACAAUGGCAACGCCCCCAAACCUAACUGCACAUCACGGGGCGCCCGCGCCCGACGCCAGCUAUCAGAUGUUGUUGUGCGUCGCUACUGCAGUUAUUACAGAGCUCUUUUUCUCUGUGAAAAAUUACCUGUGUGUGUAUCUUGUUACAGCCUUGUGCAGCAUCUUUGCAGAGUAGGGGGGAGUGUGUUAAGCAGUGGAAACCUUUACGGGGGACGGGUCUCCUCCCAGCUGAGAGGGGGUGAAGAUGACAGCAGCUGAAGUUUGGGACGGCUGCGAGAGAACGGCCCCCCGAUCUGAACUUCACACGACCUCAAGGAGUCCCCAGAACUUUGUUCAUUCAGUAGCCUCAGCCUCGGGGAGGGAAGGGGGGGUCCAUUACAUCAGUCUUGACCAAGAUGGUCGAGUGUGACAUUUACCGAAACCCAUCAGCAGCAGGAUGCCGCGUGACUGAGAGGAGAGAAUAUUUGCUGGGGGGUGUCAGUCUUUCUACAGUACCGUUUGAGAGGGGGGGGGGGAUUGUCUUCUGAGGCUCAACUAUAGAGUAUUGUGUAUUGUAGUCAUCCUGUUCACCGUCAUAGAGCACCAUCUGAACGCACAUAGCUAUAAUCAGAUCACCCAUCGUCGUAACGUUCUGUUUCAGUGGGUGUACAUGUGAGUCCAGCUAACACCGGCUCCUCUCGCAGGACGCCGGCUGUACUGUUCGUAGACAGUAACGUGUUGCAAUAGAUUUGUGGAAUAUGCAAUUAACUGUCCUGUGACCUCAACUACCCGCAGGCCGCGGCACUUUAGCCGCCUCCUGUCGCUCUUUCACGAGAGCAACUUGUAAAGCUUUUACGUCUCGAUACACGAUGGCUUUUCUGGGUGUCAUUCAAAAGCCUGAGACGUGGUUAACUGUUUUACAUGCAUAUAUGACAAUUAUAUAUCGAUAUAUAUGAUUAUAUUAUGGAUCAGUAUAAUCAUAUAUAUUUUGCUGUUAAGUGUGACAGUGAUCUAAUUGUGCUGAUAUUUCAGCUGUUACAAUAUAAUGUAUAUUACCCUGUAAAUUAAUGUUCAAAUAGUAGAUAUGUUCCAAUAUAUAUAUAUAUAUAAAUACACAGCGCUAUAUAUAUAUAUAAUAAAGUGUGGAUUGGUGGGUUGCUUCUAGCACUUUAAUCUGGUGUGAAAGCGUCAUGGCCAGGUUAUUAUAUUCUCUUAGCAGUAGCUGUACAGUACUUUUUUUGUUUAGAUCAUUAAGAUGUUAACUGUUAGUAGAAAGUUUGCUGCUACCAAUAUCAAUGAGGGUAUGCCCUAACGCUCUCCGUCUCAAAGGGAGGAUUACUGUGUAGGAAAGGGGGUGGAACGUGGCAGCGGGGCACAGCUCCUCGUCAUGCGGCUGUCGGAUGGGUCUCCGUGGGAGCAGGUAGGUGUUGGAGCAGACGUCUGACGGCCAGGUGAAGGGUGGAGAAACGUGUGUGUGUGUGUGUUACUUGCCCCCAAGGAGCUGUCUUCCCCCCUUUCUGGUCUUCCAUACCAGUAUUUGUGUCCUUGUGGAGAGUCACAUAGAAUAAUAUGGAUAUUUCUUCCAAUUUAUUUCACCAGAAUACAAUGUAUCAGUGAUGUAUAAAUAACAAUAAAGCUGAAUUAAUUGUUGUAACCUGGGAUAUAA